UUCAUUCCUCUAUAGCUCUCUCUCAUCUCUCACUGCCACCUCAUCAAUCGAUCUCAGUCGUCCAUUUCACCUAUGCCCCCACAUCCCAUCCUCCCUCCAUCCAUGGGAUAGAAUACAAAACCCUCUCCUUCUUCCCUCUUCCCCUCUCCAAAGAAAGAGAACAAAAGAUGUCGGCUCUGCUCCCUCCACGCAAAUGGCCCAUCUCUUCCCUCCGUCCAUCAUCCGACGACUCCGACGACGACACAGACGAUCUCGACUCCGACGAUCCGUACGCCUCCGACUCGUUCCGGAUGUACGAAUUCAAGGUCCGCCGCUGCGCCCGAGGACGGAGCCACGACUGGACGGAAUGCCCGUUCGCCCAUCCCGGCGAGAAGGCCCGACGUAGGGACCCGAGAAGGUUCCACUACUCGGCCGAGAUCUGCCCCGAUUUCCGCCGUUCCGGAUCGUGCCGCCUCGGCGACGCGUGCGAGCUCUCGCACGGCGUUUUCGAGUGCUGGCUUCAUCCAGCCCGCUACCGCACGCAGCCAUGCAAGGACGGUCGAGGUUGCAAACGCAAGAUCUGCUUCUUCGCUCACACCCCUCGCCAGCUCCGCGUCCUGCCGCUACGAUCCUCCAUUACCGCCGACUCUCGAGCCGUUCCGGACCACUGCAUCCUCUGCGCUGCUGCAGCAGCGAAUUUAUCACAUGCAUCUCCUCCAAUUUCUCCACCUCUUUCUCCUCCUGAAUCAUAUUCACCGAUUUCGUACCAUCGAGAAACAUCAACCGUUGAUCUCCGCCGUCUGUCAUCGUUGGAUUUUCUUCUCAGUGGUAUUAGCUAUAACCAGACAAUGAUCACGAAUCUCGUCGGAUCGGUGAAAUGCAUGGAUCUCGCUCCUUGCAGCGGAAAACAGUUCUCUGCCAUGAAAGCUUGUAGUGAAGAAAGUGAGAGAGAUGCAACCGGACCGGAUCUGGAAUGGGUGAAUGAGCUACUGAUGUAGAUUGGUUUACAGAUGUACGUGUACAGGUAGAGUCGGUCCGUCAUAUAUACAGAAAAACGGUAUAUAUGCGAUUCCUCGUUUUAGCUUUUUUAGAAUGCUUCUUGCUUUUUACGAUUAUUAGAGUCCAUUGAACUGCAUGUACAGGAAGAGUGCUUCAGUCGUAUAUACAGAAAAAUGGUAUAUACGUUUUUUUUU